CUACUCAGCUUCCUCUAUUGGGACUUGAAGCUCUCGUCUUAUGUGCAGUGACACCCUCGGCAGGUUUCAACACAUUAAGUCACAAUGAGGAGAAGGGAAGCAGCCCUCAGCAAGCAGCAAUCCACGCCUUGCCUUGGGAGAGUUUCAACAUCGCCCUCUGAUUCAACCGCCCCUCCCAGUAGUCAUGACGUUCCCAAUGGCCUAAAAUAGAGACGUGAGGAUGGACACGCCAGACGAAGGCUUCAUUACUGCCCCCACCUGAAUGCGUAAACAGACUGGCCUCAAAGCUCAGUGAGGAGGAAGAUACUGGGCAGACGAGAAGGUGUCAGCUCUAGCAAGCGAGCAAGACAUUUCCAGAAGAGGCCAGAGCAAAUGUUAUAAGUGUUGAGCAAGAAGAGCAAACGAGUAGAAGCAGGCAGCAUGGCCAAAGUCACCACAGAAGAGGUGCCACGGCUUUUCCGAAAAAUAUCCAUGAGCGAUGUGGAUGAGAAGGUACGUCUCCUGGCCGAAAAAGUCUACGCCUCCGCCUUGAAGGAGGAGGACACCAAGGACGCCAUGGCCCUGUUCACUGUGCCCGAGGACUGUCCCAUCGGUCUGCGAGAGGACCGCGAGCGCACGCUACAGAAAGAGUUGGCCGAGCAGCAGUCCAAGGAGACGGUCAUGAGGAAGAAGACCUUCAUGAUGAAGCGUUCCCAGUCCCUGCAGAUUCCCACCGGAGAUUGGAGCCUGUUGGCGCAUUCGCCCGCGAUCUCCCCAACCACGCCCGAGCCGUCUUUUUCAGAGAGCUUCCCCGAUUUCCAGAGAGUGACAAUCAGCGGAGACUACUGCGCCGGGAUCACCGUGGAGGAUUACGAGCAAGCGGCCAAGAGCCUCCUGAGAGCGCUGUUCAUCAGGGAAAAGUACUCCCGACUGGCUUACCACCGCUUUCCCAGGACCAUUGCCCGGUUCCUUCGAAACGCAGAGGGAGAGAAGUGGCGAGAGGAGGACGAGGUCUUGCCAGACGUCUGGCCGUUCCCCCGUGAAGACGAGGACCCGUACUCCAUGGAGGGCAUCCCCGAGAACUUGGAGUACCAGAUGCAGAUGAAGGACGGUAUCGUUCACGUUUACAACAACGCAGAGGCCCUGAAACAGCAGCAACCUCGCACGCUCCCCUACCCGGACUUUGAGACCUUUGCAAUCGACCUGAGCCACGUCCUUGCCAUGAUUGCUGAUGGCCCCACGAAAACAUACUGCCACAGACGACUGAACUUUUUAUCCUCCAAAUUUUACCUUCAUGAAAUGAUGAAUGAAAUGGCUGAGCUCAAGGAGCUGAAGAGUGUUCCACAUAGAGAUUUUUACAACGUCAGAAAGGUGGAUACGCACAUACAUGCUGCCGCCUGCAUGAAUCAAAAGCACUUGUUGAAGUUCAUCAAGACCACUUACCAGACAGAGAAAAGCCGUGUAGUCCUGGAGAAGGGCGGCCAGAAGUAUACGCUGGAGCAGGUCUUCAAAAAUCUCAACAUGGACCCCUAUGACCUCACGGUGGAUUCUCUGGACGUGCAUGCUGGGAGACAAACAUUCCAUCGCUUUGACAAAUUCAACUCCAAGUACAACCCGGUGGGUGCCAGCGAAUUGCGAGAGAUUUACCUCAAGACUGACAACUACAUCGAGGGAGAUUAUUUUGCACGUCUCGUCAAGGAGGUAGCAAAGGACCUGGAGGAGAGCAAGUACCAACACGCCGAGCCUCGUCUGUCCAUUUACGGAAGAUCAGCCAGCGAAUGGGAGGGGCUUGCCACCUGGUUUAUUCAGCACAAAGUCCAUUCACCCAACUUGAGAUGGAUGAUCCAGGUUCCUCGGAUCUAUGACAUUUUCAGGUCAAAGAAACUGAUAACAAACUUUGCAAAGAUGCUAGAGAACAUCUUCAUCCCCAUCUUUGAGGCAACAAUCAACCCGCAAAAGCACCCAGCGCUUCAUGUUUUUCUAAAAUAUGUGACAGGAUUUGACAGCGUGGAUGACGAGUCCAAACACAGUGACCACUUGUUUUCAUACAAAAGUCCAAAGCCUGAAUCGUGGACCGCAGAGGAUAACCCGCCGUACACCUACUACCUGUUCUACAUGUACGCUAACAUCAUGGUACUCAACAACCUGCGCAAUGAGCGUGGGUUGAACACCUUCCAGUUCCGUCCCCACUGUGGCGAGGCAGGCUCCAUCACUCACCUGGUGUCCGCCUUCUUGACGGCGGAUAACAUCUCCCACGGCCUCAACUUGAAGAAGAGUCCAGUGUUGCAGUACCUGUACUACCUGGCCCAGGUCCCCAUCGCCAUGUCACCGCUGAGCAACAAUAGCCUGUUCCUUCAAUACUCCAAAAACCCACUGCGGGAGUUUCUCCAGAAGGGCCUGUGUGUGUCGCUGUCCACCGACGACCCCAUGCAGUUCCACUACACAAAGGAAGCGUUGAUGGAGGAGUACGCCAUCGCGGCUCAGCUCUGGAAACUCAGCACCUGCGACUUGUGCGAGAUCGCCAGAAAUAGUGUGCUGCAAAGCGGUUUGUCGCACCAGGACAAGAAACAUUUCCUGGGCUCCAACUAUCUGCAAGACGGCCCCGAGGGCAACGACAUAGGACGCACAAACGUGGCGCAAAUCCGCAUGGCGUACCGCCACGAGACACUAUGCAACGAACUCAGCUUUUUAGUGGACGCCGUCAAAGCGGACGCCACCAUUCCAGCGGUGGAGUGACAUGAGUUUGGAAAGGUUUUAACGUUUUUUUUUUUUUU